AUGGCAAAUCUCACACUCUUCUUCUCUUUUCUCUCUCUGUCUCUCAUCAUCUCUGUUGCGAGCUCUCGUGUCCUAAGUCCACUUCCUCUAAACAACUCGGUCUUGAUCUCUGAUGGCGUCCAUGACGUCUCGGAUUACAAGUUUCUCACUCUCGACCCUCCUAAGACCUUGUCCGGGACCGAGUGUGAACAUGUCUAUGGUUUUCUUCCAUGUGCAAAUAAUGUUGGAGGUUAUGUCUUCCAAGUACUCACGUUUGGGUGUCUCUUGAUCGUUGGUGACUAUUUCUUGUCCGUAGGAAGGUCGCAACUCUUUUUAACCUUUGAUGUUGGAUUCUAUGGCGGAAUCAUUUUCCCUCUUCUUACAAUGUUCCCAAGAAUUGUCCUUAUGCUCGGUAAGGAUCCUAGUUCUUUGGCUCACAACUACGAAAAGCAUUCGAAUGGACUAUCACUGGGCAGCGAUGUUGCUAACUCCUUCGUUGAUAACAACAUGGGAGUUACUGCGGGAUACACUGUGUUUGCUCUCACAAUUCAAUGGGGAGCUUGUGUUGUGUUUAGCAUCACUGGUUCGAGUUUGGAAAAUGAAGAAAGAAAAACAAUCACAAAAAUCAUACAAGAUUGGUGGAGCCAAAGACAUAACAUAGUGAAAAACAUUGUUGAAGCAAGCGUAGACGUAGAUACGAAGAACAAGAAACCUGCAGGGAUUAUGUUGUUGAGUCUGGCUCCCUUUCUCAUGGUGACACUUACAGCGAUAUUUGAUUCGCAUUCUUGGAGGCAUAUCAUUAUAUUGAUAACACUAAUAAUCUCUUCUUCUUCAACCAUUCUCUACUUUGUUUACUCGUAUGCUGAUCAAGAUAACCAAAGGGAGAGCUUAGAACACGCGAGGUUUGAGAUCAUGUCAGAAGUUCAUAAGCUAUUAAAGAAGUUUUCACCAGAAAACUUACUACAAAAUGGAGAGAUAAACAAAGAGAGCAUAAAAAGUUUGUUUGAGUUUCUUGAUACAAACAAUGAUGAGAAGAUACAAAUAUCUGAGCUGAAAGACUUUAAAAUAGAGUUUUGGAACUUUGGGAGGAGGAAAUGCGAAAUAAAUAAGAUUGCUAAAGAGUUUCUUAAAAAAUACGACAAAGACGCAGACGGUCAUUUAGACAAGGACGAAUUUGAGGCAGGGGUCACGGAUAUGCUCAAAAACCACAAAAUCAAAUUCGACAACCUAGAGGAUGAAAAAGAGGAUCACAGCGAGGUGAAGGGAACUCUAAAGAUGAAAACACCGUCGCAAAAGCUUGUAACUAAAUUUCUCUAUAUGGAAACGUUAGGAGCUGCGAUUAAAGUCAUCGUAGGGAUCUUAAUUGUCCUCUUUCUUGCAAAACCAUUUAUGAUGAACAUCGAGCUCUUAUCAGUCUCAGCUGGAGUUCCCUCUUUUUACAUCGUCUUCGUGAUUAUCCCUUUGGCUAGAAACUUAAAGAACACUCUAUCAGCACGCUUCUGUCAUCCGAAAGACAAGGAAAAAAUCUCAAUACAUACCUUCUCUGAGAUCUACAAAGAUAUUACAAUGAACAACCUCAUGGGAUUGUCAAUCAUAUUGGCGGUUAUAUACGCGAGAGGCUUGGCAUGGAAUUGCUCGGUAGAAGCUUUUAUUCUUGUGAUCGUUGGCCUCGCAAUUGGCUUACCGGCUUAUAUGAGAUCGACUUAUCCGUUCUGGAUCUGUGUAUUUGCCUUUGCUAUGUAUAUCUUCUCUCUUGUUCUUAUCUAUUUCCGUUAUCAAUUUCUAGACAAGAACUAA